AUGUUUAGUCUUUACUUCAUCCUCACCACGUUGACGACCCUCGGCCGGGCUGCUGGGGUACGUGGUCUUGGCCCUUUGCUUCCCAGCCAAGACGAGUUCUACACAGUGCCCCCUGCCGCCGAGCUUGCCGCAGUGCAAAACGGGGACAUUCUCCGAUGGCGAACGACGCCGCAUCCCAUCUCAGCGCUGGGCAUCAAGCCGCUCAACCUCCAAGGCGAGUACCAGGCGCUGUACAAGACGGUCGACAGCGUCGGCGCCGACACGGCAACAGUCCUUAGCAUCAUGGUCCCUCACAACGCCAACAUGAGCAAGCUGCUGUCCUACCAGGUCGCCGAGGACGCCGCCUACCUCGACUGCGCACCUUCGUACGCGCUGCAGCUCGGCUCCCAGAGCAAGCUGUUUGGCACCAUCCUCACUGAGGCCGAGCUCGCGCUCAUAGAUGCCGCCCUGCAGCAAGGUUGGGUCGUGGUCGCACCCGACCACCAGGGGCCCCGCGCCGCCUGGCUGGCCCGUGCCAACGCCGCCCAUGCCAUUCUCGACGGCAUCCGCGCAGCAACCCGCUCCGGCCACUUCUCGGGCAUCGAAAGUACCCCCACCAUUGCCCUCUGGGGCUACUCGGGCGGCGGCAUCACGUCCACGGCCGCGCUGGAGCUGCGCGCCCAGUACGCGCCUGAGCUGACCACGAUUGUCGGCGCGGCCCUGGGUGGCCUCGCACCCGACAUUCAAAACGUCAUUACGACCUGCAACAAGGGCCCCUACGCCGGCAUCAUCGUUAGCGGCAUCAUGGCCCUGUGCAGCGAAUUCCCCGCGCUCCAGGCACUCGUGGACAGCCACCUCCGUCCCGAGUACAAGAACAAGUUUGAGCGCACACGCACCCAGUGCAUCGUGCCCACCGCCGCUGACUGGUUGUUCCAAGACGUGCUGGCGAGCUUUGACAAUGCCACCGCGCUGCUGGCACGGCCCGACGUGCGCCGCCUGCUGCAGGACAACAAUCUGGGCGGCCGCGGCAUGCCCGACGUGCCCGUCUUCAUCUACAAGGGCGUCGCCGACGAUCUUUCGCCGGUGGCGGACACGGACGCGCUCGUCGACUACUACUGCGCCCAUGGCGCCCCUUCCCUGCAAUACUACCGGGACCUGACCGCCAACCACGGCGGCAUGGCCGUCGCGGGCGCCGGGCGCGCUGUGGACUUUUUGCGUGCUGUCAUGAACGGCGAGGCGCAACCUAGUGGCUGUCACCGCGAGACGGUCGCCUCUGGCUACUUUGAUAUCCGCGGCAGCAAGCACAUCCCUAGCUACGUCAUCAACCUCUUGCUAGAUCUGCUGGGCAAGCCGGUUGGCACGUUCACCAUUGGCUGA